AUGUCCGCAACGCAAUGCACCAGGCUUCUCGCCAGAAAUAUUCCUCAAAUGAGGCGGCAACGCCAAAUACAAAAGCCACGAGUCACGCUUGUCGGCUGCCCCGCUCCCAGUCACAACCCUACAAUUGACUCCGAACGGCUACCAUAUCGACUCUACGAACUCUCACUAAAGAAGAUUCGAAGAGAGGCCCAUGCCGCUGAGCCUGACUUACGGCAUGUCAUUGCCGGAAUCUCAAUGCAAAAAGUGGUGUCCAAUGCUGUCCAUGAAGAUCUUCUCCACCGAGUCGAAAUGAUCGAAACCACAAAAGCACCUUCCAGGCUCCCAAUAUUACCUGGCGCCGAUGAGCCCUGGGAACCUGAAGAGCUUCACUCAGACCCAAGAGCGAACCCUAAUGCUUGGGAUAUCGAAACCCUUGACCAAGCACUUGAUGAGAUGGAACGUGCGAGCAAGAAAGGGCAUGUUGCAAAAGCCGUUUGUUUCCAAUUGAUCAGCGAGAUGUAA